UCUCCAUACUGAAGAAAUCGCCGUCAACAUCAGCUAAAAACCGUCCCGAUUUCCAUAAUAAUCUCGUCAGGCAACGCCUCCCUAGCAACCGUCCCUAGCAACCAACCCGACCCCCGCGAUGAGACAGUGGACGUGCUUUGGGCUGUUCAUAGCCCUUUUCGCCAAAUGGAUCGCAGGAAAAGUGUCCGCGGACGAAUUGAUGCGGAUAUGUGGUGGUGAAAAUCUAGAAGACUGUGGCAUUUUUGAAGACGACUCGACACUUCCGGAGAAACGGUUCCUGCGGAUCGGGCGUGCCCUGAGCGGCGAGGGCUUUUUCCGGUUCGGAAAGUCCAGCCCCAACAACUUCCUGCACGUAACUAGGGGCAACGAGAUUUACCCGAUAGAGGACAAGCGAUUUCUCAGGUUCGGUCGUGGCAACACGAACAGUGUAGACAAUCUCUUAGCGUCCCUCACGUCUAGACUCAGAGACUACGAGGUCACAAAUGACGUCAGUUUAAAACGUAAAAGACGCUCAGCGGAUACCACCGGUGCGGCGUUGGAAACGAAUAUAGCGGAGACAGCCAACAGUGUCGAAAAGCGUGAAGCGACUUCUGCUGCGGAGAAAUCCGACGCCGACAAGAGGUUUAUGCGGUUCGGUCGAGAUAACACCGGAUUGAAAGAGGAGGACAAACGUUUCAUGCGCUUUGGAAGGAAUCCGGAUGAGCUUGAAAAUGAAAAGGAGGAUAAGAGAUUCAUGCGCUUUGGAAGAAACCCCGAGGAAAUGGAAGAGGAGAAAAAACGGUUCAUGAGAUUCGGGAAACGAUUCAUGAGGUUUGGUCGCGGCGGGGACAGCUCCGGUGAGGAAGAAAGCCAGGACUCCGAUGAUGUUGAGAAGAGGUUUAUGCGUUUCGGCAAGCGUUUCAUGCGGUUUGGUAGAAACCCAGACUCACAAAAACGCUUCAUGCGUUUCGGACGCUCCGGACCGGAAGUUGACGAGCAGAAGGACAUGGCCAAGGAAGACAAGCGCUUCAUGAGGUUCGGUCGCAGCGGGGAGUCGGACGAGGACGGGAAUGAGGAGGAAAAGAGGUUCAUGAGAUUUGGAAGAGGCGGCGAAGACAAUGCAUAUGACGCUGAUAUGAGUGACGACAAGCGCUUUAUGAGGUUCGGGAAACGCUUUAUGCGUUUCGGUCGCGGCAAAGAGGACGAUGAAUCGGCCGAUAAACGCUUCAUGCGUUUUGGUAGAAAUUCCAUUGACAAUGAGGCAGACAAACGGUUUAUGCGUUUCGGGCGGAAUAUGAUGGAGAGCGCCGAUAAACGGUUUAUGCGUUUCGGGCGGGGCUUCACUGAUAGCGAGGCUGACAAGCGCUUCAUGAGAUUUGGUAGAGAUCCUAACAUUGAAGACAAACGCUUUAUGCGCUUUGGGAAAUGAGCAGGAAAUCUCGUGUCUAGAGAAUUGUAUUAUUUUGAUAACAAAUAUACAAGAAUUAAACUAAUGUAUUAAUAUGAGUAUGGAUGUAUGACAAAGUUUAAGUAAUAAGUAGAAAACAUUUUCAUUAAAAGAUUCACAUAUUCAAAUCACAGACGAAAUGUUAAUGCCACGUGUAUAUUUUGCAGCAAACUGCUGUUGCUUCUAUGGUGUUUUUUUUAUCUGAAAGAAAAUCUUUCUCGCAAUUGAUUUGCGGCCAUAUAAAUAUAUUAGAAACAAUUAACAAAUGUAAUAUUUUUAUUUCCAUACAAUUGAAAUAUUUUACAGUGAGAGUUUUUGGAAUCAUUUGUGUUUGACAUUUUACUCUUGAAUUUUACAUAUUAUUCAUAAAAAGCUUGCAUGUUUGUUCAGACAAUUCUUUCUUGUCUUGCUAAUAGAGAAUAUUAGAUCAUUUCUUAAUUGUCAUUACUAUAUCUUAAAAUACGCCUGCCUGAGAACGAUGUGAUUUUGUUACUUUCAAAUAUUUUUUUGUUAAUAUAAAUACCAUUUGUGAUAUGUAUGAACAAAAUCGGUUGCUACUUUUGUGAGCAAUUUCGAAGUUGCAAUUAAAAUACGUGAUGAACAACACGUGGAUCAACAUUGAACUUUCAUACAAUAUGGGGCUUUUUGGAGUGUCUUUGUUUUAUUUGGAUAUAUAUUAAAUAAAAUAUGUCAGUAUGCCUAUUUUCAAAUACAUAUUCACUUAUUUAAUGACUCACAUGAAAAUUAGGGAAUGUGUUGUUGUUCUUGCCAGUCAUCUCACCUGUUCAGCAUCAUAUUCCAGCAAGUCUUAGUAUAGUAAUAUCUUUGGUGGAACACUUUGUUGUUAAUAAAAAGGACUUUUGAAGAGAUGCAGUCGUGUUUUCUUCGUCUCCUUAUAACCACUGUUUUGAUCAGCACAACAAUGUUUUCAAUGAAGAUAUUUUGUUUUGUUUUUAAAGUUUUUAACCCUAACAAUUCUCAAAACUACAUGAAAGAAAAUUACACGAGUAUUGUUCUGUGAAAACUGGACUUUAUGCAAGGUAUCGUCCCAGAUUAGCCUGUGCAGUCCGCGUUCAUUCAUUAAUUAACAAAUUACAUGUAACACAAACCAAGGGAGGAAAAAAGUUAAUCCUUUAAGGGGCUUGCUGAAGUCGUGGACUGCGCAGACUAACCUCAAUACAAAGAAUCAUUUGACCGACGUUCGUCUGUCGUAUAUACAACUUGAUAUCCCGGUAUAUACCUUAGCUUGUUUGAUAUCCCUGAUGUCAUACCUUACCUUGUUUGAUAUCCCUGAUGUAAUAACUGACCUAAUAACUGACCUUGUUUGAUAUCUCUGAUGACAUAACUGAGCUUGUUUGAUAUCCCUCGUGACAUACCUUAGCUUGUGUUAUAUCUCUGACGACAUACCUGGGCUUGUUUGAUAUCCUGGAUGUCAUACCUGAGCUUGUUUGAUAUCCCUCUUGACAAACCUUAAAAACACAAUUCAAACAUAGCAUCUUAAAAUGUAUUGAAUUUAAUACAGUAAAUUACUUUGUUUAUUAAAUAUCAUAUAAUAUGGUGGAAAACAUUUACAAAUAAAAACACACAUGAUUAA